AUGUAUCAUCAGAACCCACCACCUGAGACAAUCCCUGCUGCGCUGCUAUCAUCAACUGCAAUAAAAAAUCGUAAUUGGUUUUCCGCAGUUCCAUUAAUUGCCUUAUGCGGUCUUGGGAUAUUGGGUUUGCUAUUAGUAGCAACUAUUGUUUUAGCCUUGAUACCUGUGUAUCUACCAAAACGUGGUGGUGGAACAGUGGCAGUUAAAACUAAUCACAGCAGUGGCGGCGGAACGAUUUCAGUCUAG